AUGGGGACGGAAAGUGCUACAGGAAAUGCACAACCCCUAAUGCAGGAUACUCAGCCACAUCCCAAGGCAUAUCGGAUUGAGGAAAGUGCAGAAGAGGCAAACCAUGUUGCACCAAGCAAAGACUCAUCAGCAAACAAAAACUUGAAAGAUGGAAGCAAAAAUGGUUUGCUGAUGUUACUCUCUGUUUUUUAUGUUUCUGAUGGAUUUUCUGAUGGUGUUUGGGGGUGUUUUGUUGGAGUGUUGUGGUUUUUCAUAUUUAUGGAGUUUGCAGUGUUGUUGUUAUGUACGUUCGGUCAGACCAACGCUGUGUUACGCAUUCAUCAAGCAUUCACUUUCAAACAAUUAAUUGAUGUUGUUUGUGACAAGUUUGAUAUCAUGGAGCGGGAAUUGGUUUGUUUAUUGUUUUCUAUUCCAGGAUAUAAUAAGUUUAAGGUUGACUCUGACGAUGAUUUUCAAAACAUGUUUUUACUUGCAAAGUCUUUCGGGCUUCAACAUAUUGACGUGAUAAUUCAAGUUCGGGAUAAUGGUUCUGCUACUCAACGUGGUCUUCCAGUGUCACAUGAUGAUGGGGAGUGUGAGACCGUGGAUAUGCGGACGGCCGAUAUGGAAGACCGAACGGAUUUGUUGGCGACAUAUUGUCCUCAUCGAACGAAGACGUAUUUGUCUGCUGGGUGGGCAUUCGGCAUCACGCAUGUCGGCCAAAUUUUCCCAGGUGGUGCACAUGAAUUCCGAACCGUAUUGUGCAAGUACGCAGUGGAAUGUGGGUUUCAGUUCAAGUAUGUCAAAAACGACGCCAUACGUGUUACUGCAAUAUGCAAAUUUGUAACGUCAACUGCGUGCGAGUGGUUGGUUCACGCACGGGUGUCUCCUUCGAAUGGUGUUAUGUGUUUGAAGAGAUUUAUUAGUGUACAUUCCUGUGGGGCUGCUGUACGAACAUACCGUAAUCCACGAACUGGGUCAGAUUUGGUGUCCGAUGUGAUCGCAGGACGUGUGCGUGAACAACCACUAACACGGCCGACGGAUGUGGUAUUUGACAUGAAGGAUGGUUAUGGUCUGGAUAUUAGUUAUCGGGUUGCAUGGUUAGGGGUGGAAAAAGCAAGGAACGAAGUAUUUGGCGAUCACGCUAUGUCGUUCGACCAACUUAGGUGGUACAGCGACGCUGUUAUGGAAAACAACCCACAUAGCUACAUUAAUUUGGAUUUUGAUCAGCAAACAGGGAGGUUUGUGAGGUAUUUCAUAGCUUUCCGUGCAUGCAUAGACGGGUUCAAUGGUUGCCGUCCACUUCUAUUUUUGGAUGGUACAUUUUUGAAGGGAAGGUUCAAAGGGACGUUGCUCGCUGCCACCGCCAAGGAUGGAAACCAAGGUUUAUUCCCCCUCGCGUUUGCUAUUGUCGAUUCUGAAAACUCAUCAAAUUGGGAAUGGUUUUUGCGUCAUUUGGCCCAAGUUGUAGACGGAGGUCGGAAUUUAACUUUUGUGUCUGACCGUAAUUUGGGUUUAAUACAAUCAAUGCCCGUUGUCUUCCCCGCGGCGCACCAUGCAUUUUGUUUGUUACAUCUUCAGAUGAAUCUUCGUGACCGGAUGAAAUAUGUUAACGCUGAUCAGAAAGUUGGCCUAAUGAGGAAGUUACGAGACUGUGCUUAUGCACCUACAGUAACAUCAUUCAAUCACAAAGUUGAAAUUUUAAAAGAAUGCAGCCCAGUAGUGGUUGGUAAUUUCUUGAAAGACGUGCAUCCCCAACAUUGGGCCAACGCGUACUUUAGGGGUCGCCGAUACGGUGAGAUGUGGUCUAACGCCGCAGAGUCGUUCAACAACUGGAUUCGGGAAGCUCGCCACCUGCCCAUUACUCAAUUAGUGGAUGCAAUACGGGGAAAGAUCAUGGAAAAAAUGUCAAAGCGUAAAGUAAAAGCUAGCAACUGGGUUGGAGAACUUUGUCCGAAAAUGGAAAAGCGUUUGAUGUCUGAGUUUCAAGAUAGCAGGCACUGGAUUGUUAGUCAGUCGGAUGAUAACAUUUUUGAGGUUCGGUCCCAGCCAUCAGUGUUAGUUGACCUUGCCAAUCGUUCUUGUUCUUGUUUUCAAUGGCAACUAAAUGGUUUCCCAUGUCCCCACGCAAUUGUUGCUUUUCGGAAUACGGGUAAGAAUGUCUACGAUUACAUUGAACCGUUUUUCCAUGCGGUGAAGUAUCGGGAAGCAUAUGAAGGGUCGAUUCACCCAAUUCCCACCGUGGCCAAACCCAAUUUCACACCAUCAGAUUAUCUCAUUGCACCACCCGUUUACAAACGUCCUCCUGGAAGGCCCAAGCGGAAAAUAAUUCCAUCAAAGGGCGAGGUUGUUCAACACAUUAGGUGUGGUCGAUGUCGCAAAAUGGGCCAUCAUAACAGGAAAACAUGCAAAGAAGCCAUGUAG